UUGAUCUGGCCUCCCUCCUACUGUCUCCCUCUAAGAUCGGCAACAUAGACAUUUUAGUAGAACUUCAACCCCUAAACUCAGCUCUAACCACAACGGUCAUUGCGCAUUCACACAUGUUCACACCCAUCAUCUAGAAUCUCUCGAGAUUUCAAGCACAUGUACCCUAGAAGCGUGUAUAUAUAUCCACACUGACACGGGCAAAAUCUGAGCAGCAUCGUUCGUGCUGAUUGCCGCUUUGCAGGGUCCAGCAAAUACAUGAUCUGACGGUCGAAGUAGGCGGUGCCAUGGGAGCGGUUGUUGUUGCGCUCGCCGUGGUGGUCGUUUCAUGGCUGUGGGCGGCGCUGGUGCACCUGGUGUGGCGGCCGUACGCUGUGGCGAGGGCGUUCGCGCGCCAGGGCGUCCGCGGGCCGGCGUACCGGUUUUUCGUGGGCAACAACGAGGAGGCGAAGGCGAUGCGGGCGGCGACGAGCGGCGAGACGCUGGACCUGCGCUCCCACGACUUCAUCCCGCGCGUGCUGCCGCACUGCCGCAAGUGGAUGUCACACUACGGCAAGGUGUUCCUGUCGUGGACCGGCUCGACGCCGACGCUGUUCGUGGGCGACUACGACAUGGUGAAGAGGAUCCUCUCCGACCGGGCGGGGCUGUACGGCAAGACGGACCCGGGCCCUGACAUCAUGGCGCUGCUCGGCAUGGGCCUGGUGUUCAACGAGGGCGACGACUGGGCGCGCCACCGCCGCGUCGUGCACCCGGCGUUCGCCAUGGACAAGCUCAAGAUGAUGACGGGUGCGAUGGCGGCGUGCGCGGGGGAGGUGAUCCGAGCGUGGGAGGCGCGCGCCACUGCCGCAACAAGCGGGGAGGUGACGGUGGAGGUGGGGCAGCUGUUCACGGAGCUCACCGCCGACGUGAUCUCGCACACGGCGUUCGGCAGCAGCUACCGGCAGGGCAAGGAUGUGUUUCUGGCGCAGCGGGAGCUGCAGUUCAUCGCGUUCGCCUCCAUCAACAACGUCCGCAUCCCCGGCACCCAGUACGCGCCGACCAAGGCCAACGUGCGCCGGUGGCAGCUCGAGAGGAAGGUGAGGGGCACGCUCAUGGCCAUCAUCGACGAGCGCCUGGCAGCCGCCAAGGAGGCCAGGGGAUACGGCACCGACCUGCUCGGCCUCAUGCUCGAGGCCAACUCCGACUCGGCCGCAGCCGCCACCGCCGGCGGCGACCACCGGAGGAUCAUGAACAUGGACGAGAUCAUCGACGAGUGCAAGACGUUCUUCUUCGCCGGGCAUGACACCACCUCGCACCUCCUCACCUGGGCCAUGUUCCUCCUUGGCACGCACCCUGAGUGGCAGAAGCGGCUCAGGGAGGAGGUGCUCCGGGAGUGCGGCGGCACAGAGGCGCCCCUCCACGGCGACGCCCUUAACAAGCUCAAGCUCGUGACGAUGGUGCUGUACGAGACGCUGAGGCUAUACGGCGCGGUGACGAUGAUCGGGAGGAGGGCGAUGGCGGACGCCGACCUCUGCGGCGUGAAGGUCCCCAAGGGAACCGUCCUGUUGAUCCCGAUCGCGAUGCUGCACCGCGACGAGGAGGUCUGGGGUGCGGACGCCGGCGAGUUCAACCCGCUCCGGUUCCGGGACGGAGUCGGCAGGGCGGCCGCGCACCCGAGCGCGCUGCUGUCCUUCUCCGUCGGCCCGCGGUCGUGCAUCGGGCAGGACUUCGCGAUGCUGGAGGCGAAGGCGACGCUGGCGAUGAUCCUGCGGCGGUUCGCGUUUGAGGUGGCGCCGGAGUACGUGCACGCGCCGGCCGACUUCCUGACGCUUCGGCCGAUGCAAGGGCUCCCCGUCAUGCUCAAGCUCUUGGAUCCGUAGAGCUUCACUAGACACUAGUAGGAGUAAUACUAUAAAGAAGGGUUCCUAUGAAGACUAAACUGUGUGAUCAGCCAAACUCGUGAGGCUUCUCCUCCUGCAUUGUGUGUUCAGUCAAUGUUGUUAUCUUAUUUGGGAGUGGAAUUGAA